AUGGCGCUUCAGCCGCUGCUUCUCCUUUGCUGCUGCUUGGCAGCUAUGGCGGCCAUCUCACAAGGCCAGCUACACCUGCAAUACAGCACCGUCAACCCCGAAGGCACCUGCAGUACUGCGGCCAGAGAAACUGCUCCUUUAAGCACCAGUGGUCGAGUCAUCAUGUCGUUGAACCACCGGCACGGGCCCUGCUCGCGGGUGGCCUCCAAGAAGCGCGGCCUGGAGGAGCUCCUUCGCCUCGACGAGCUCCGAGCGGAUUAUGUGCAGCGGGGCGCCGGCGGGUUGGAGCCCUCGGACGUCUGCUCACUGCCGACCGUCCUCGGAUCCGCUCUGCGUACAUUUGAGUACAUUAUGUCCAUCAGCAUCGGAUCCACCGCCUUUGGAUAG